CACAGAUCUCUUACCAACCGUUGCGACAAACAAGUGUAGAUGAGUGACCUGUGGACUGGUGGGACUGGUCGCCUCAAUAUUCCCUACCGUAUUCCCUCUACACUUAACUCGCGUCCACCUGUGCAAGGUUGUUUGGGCUAUAUUAUACUCCGCUAUGUUCUGCCCCUGCUUGGUACCUCCCUGGCCCCCGUUAAAACCACACAACAAUCAUUCUACCUGGGACUGAUAAAUUCUCAAAUUCAAUCAACCUCGAUAAUUGAAGAAGAAGAAAAACAACUCUGACCGAUAAUUUCGUACAGAAAAUGACGCUAAACUUGUGAAUUAUAAACACGAAAAUUUCAACACCUCUCGUCGGGAAAACUAGUUACAUUGAUGUAUGUGUCGUGUGUUCGAAAUAUAGAAAACGCAAAUGCGACUCUAGGCAUCUGACACAAAUUUGUAGGCACGCACAACAGCUGAUGAGCAGCCAUGGACAAGGAUCUUGAGCAGUGCGACAGCGAUAAUUUAAAUGAGGCUGAUAACGACAGGAAACGAGAGGAUUACCACGAUUUGAGACUCCAUAGGAGCAUGGAUUGCACGGGAGAUUCUAAUGCAGAGAGAGAUGGCGAGGUGGACCACAAUAGCCAUGAUCACCUGAUUGAGGAAAGAGCUGAGUACAAAGUUGGACGUGAUUUUCGUAAUAUUGGACAUCACCGCAGUGCGAUGCACAUGCACAGUGGAAUGGAGCAUCUGAGUAACUCAGAUAUUGAGGUCAAGUUAUCACGUGAUGUACGAGGUUCUCUAGGUCUCGGCCUUUCCCUAGAGCUCUGCGUCGUCUGCGGAGACAGAGCGAGUGGUCGUCACUACGGUGCAAUAAGCUGUGAAGGUUGCAAAGGCUUUUUCAAACGUAGUAUUCGUAAACAACUGGGUUACCAGUGUCGUGGUAGCAAAUCCUGUGAAGUAACGAAACACCAUCGCAAUCGAUGUCAGUAUUGUCGCCUCCAGAAAUGUCUGACGAUGGGAAUGCGCAGUGACUCUGUCCAGCAUGAGCGGAAACCAGUUUUGGGUGAGGCAGCUGGUGCAAAAAUGACUAAUCGUGGGGCAAAGGUGAAGCCAGAGCCACAGCAAAUUAUACCGGAGGUUGCAUCCAUCUGGGAACCACCGGAGAGUCCAAGUGUUGAGGAUCAGAGCAGUGAUAGUGACCUCAGUGACGCACUGACGCUCGCUAGAGAGCGACUGCUCAUUUCCCAUGCACUUGAGGGGAUGGCGAAGCUUAUUGGCGAUAGUGUCAAUGGAUCGAAUGAACCCGAAGAAGAAUGGACUGGCCAACUGCUGUACGAGAGGAAUACUGUAUUCGAAUUGAGAGCUCCGAGUCCAGCCCCAGCUUAUCUGUCGAUACACUACAUUUGUGAGAGUGCAGCUAGACUUUUGUUCUUGUCGAUACACUGGGCCAGGGGUAUCCCUGCUUUCCAAGCACUUCCAUCGGACGUUCAAACUUCCUUAGUGAGAUGCUCUUGGGGUCAACUAUUCACUCUUGGGCUAGCCCAGUGUGCUUACACCCUGUCACUCCCGAGUAUUCUUACGUCGAUAAUUAAUCACCUGCAGGCGAGCAUCGCCCAGGAAAAAAUAACAGCGAGUAAAGUAAAACUCAUAACCGAACACAUAUGCAGGCUCCAGGAUUGCGUCAGCUCAUUGCAUAAAAUGCAGGUGGACGCUACGGAAUAUGCAUAUCUCAAAGCUUUGACAUUGUUCAGUGCUGAUAAUAUAUUGGCAGAUGCGUGGCAUAAGAAGGUCGAGGUUCUUCAAGAAGCUACUUGGAGUGAACUACAGCAACGCGUCGGACCCGAGAGACUCCCCAGAUUAUUAUUAAGACUUGCGCCAUUGCGUUCGAUAAAUCCUCGUGUUCUCGAAGAUCUCUUCUUCGCUGGCCUAAUUGGUAGAGUAAGCGUAGCAAGUGUUGUGCCUUACAUACUCGGUAUGCAGGACUGUAAAACUGAAACGGACGCCCAGAUGGGAUGACAGAAGUCGAAGAGGUCUGUGCGUUUGGACGUGCAAGACGAAAAAAAAGGAAAACGAAAGCGCAGUGCAGCUGACCGAGAGUUACCGGUGGAGACAGCCUCGUAUAGAGCCACAGAAACUGUUCAAAAGCCGAAACCAACAACGAGCUUGACAAGAAUUAUGGAAGUUCCAGUAUCAAGAAUAGAGGAGCGAGUGCCUAAGGAAACACCAAUAACUGAUGAUUAUGAAAUAAGUAAUCACGUGCUCGGAUUGGGAAUUAAUGGCAAAGUCGUGCAAUGUUACGACAGAGAGACUAGGGAGAAGUAUGCGCUGAAGGUUCUUCAUGACUGUGUCAAAGCAAGACGAGAGGUCGAACUCCACUGGAGGGCCUCCAACUGCAAACACAUUGUGCAAGUCAAAGAUGUUUACGAGAAUACAUACAGCGGAAACAAAUGUCUUCUUGUCGUUAUGGAAUGUAUGGAAGGGGGCGAGCUCUUCCAACGAAUACAAGAUCGUCAGGACGGUGCAUUCACAGAAAGAGAGGCAGCAGAAGUAAUGUACGAAAUUUGCAUCGCAGUUAAACAUCUUCAUGACAUGAACAUCGCACACAGAGAUCUUAAGCCUGAAAAUCUUCUGUACUCGAGAUUAGAUCACGCAGGAAUAUUAAAAUUAACUGACUUUGGAUUUGCCAAGGAAACACACAUCAAGGAUACACUGCAAACACCGUGCUAUACUCCCUAUUACGUAGCCCCUGAAGUUUUGGGUCCAGAGAAAUAUGACAAAAGCUGUGAUAUUUGGUCACUCGGUGUAAUUAUGUACAUUUUAUUGUGUGGCUUCCCUCCGUUCUACAGUAAUCACGGCUUGGCGAUUUCACCAGGAAUGAAGAAAAGAAUACGUCUCGGACAAUACGACUUCCCAGCUCCUGAAUGGACUAGUGUCAGUACUGAAGCGAGGGAUUUAAUCAAAGGAAUGCUCUGCACAGACCCUGCUAAGAGGCUAUCAAUUGAAGAAGUUAUGAAGAACAAAUGGAUUUCGAAAUACACUGAAGUACCUGCAACACCUCUGCACACCGGUCGGGUGUUACGUGAGGGUGAGGAACUGUGGCCCGAGGUCCAAGAGGAAAUGACACGCUCCCUCGCCACAAUGCGUGUGGAUUAUGACACAGCGAAUUUGAAACAGCUCGAUCAUACCAAUAAUCCACUGUUGAAUAAACGGCGACGUGCCAAGCAAGUGGGGACACCAGUGUCACCCACCCUAGCUUCAUAGUCAAUUAAAUUACAACAAUUUGUAAUUUUACAAUCUUUCCCCAAAAUUGUUUUCAUUUGUUUUUCAAAAAGCUGAGACAAUUUUACAUAAAAUCCAUGCGUGAAAAAGCGGCCACUGUGGGUUUAAUGACAAAAAAAAAUCAACAUUACAACUCGUUAUUAUCUCCAUCACAAAUCGGCGGACCUUGCGUUCAGCCGCUGCAUAUUAAUUUUAUAAACUUACUUGGUUUUAAGAUAUUCAUAAAUGACUCUGUGUGGAAUCACUUCAGGAAUUUUUGAGCGGAAUGUCAAUUCUUUUAUAUCAUUAAUUAUUGCUGAAAAUCGGCGGUGGAGUUGAGCAUUUAGUAGAUUAACCCCUCAAGGAUGGGGUCAAUACCACCCACUGACCCGUGCAAAAUUCAUUAUUUCUAAAUCCGUAUUCCGAAUGGUAGAUUGACAGAAAAAAUUAAUUUUAUCAAGAGAAUUUUAUUUGAGCCAGCGAUCAUUUGGUUGUUAAUCAUACAAAUAUUAUUGGCAAGAGGAAAGCGCCAGCUUCAAUUACAUAUCCGUAUGAUAAUUUUCCGUCCAUUAGAAGUCAAUGAAUUCGAGUUUUAUUGAGCGCACGCUACGCUUGGUAUCAAAAGGGCCCCGUACAAGAGGGAUUAAUAGUGGCACAUGAUGAGAAGAGAGUUGGUACACACAGCCAAUUCUUUUAAUCCUGAUUCACGGAUUUUCAAUUUGUCGUUUAAACAUUUUACUGAAAAUUUUGCAAAAAAUCACGCCUCCGUGUGAUUAAAAAAAAACGUCGAGCGAGAACGUAAAUUCGCAAUUGAAUAAGCAUCAAAUAAUCGAACAAAUUCGGUAGUAUUAAAAGAAUAGCCUUAUCAUGUGAUACUUUCAAGAUUUGAAAGAUUAACUUCAGCAUCCAUCGAUUAUCGAUGAAUUUUUAUUUUCAUACAUCACUCCACACUCGUGCCGUCCAACUGUCACACGAGUUAUAUUGUAUUUAUUGCAGACUUGGUAAAACGUGAAAUCAGUUGACUUACUUCAUUGUCAACGUUGAAGUUGCUUCAAUAGUGAGUAAUGUGACGCACGUUUGCUUAUAAAGUCAUUUAAAUUCGAGAUAAUCGAUUAAUGAAUUAAAUUUUAGUUUAAGUGAUUUCAUCAGUUUGGCUGAGUUAUAUGAAUUUUAUUGACAAUCUGAUUGAGCGAAUUGAAUGUAAUUAUAAUGCAUUUAUGAUAAUGUUGUAAUUAUAAUGCUGGAAAUACAGACAGAUGUAUUGAUUUUAAUUAAAGAAGGGAAAAUGCGAAUGUUGAGAGGAA